CCCAGCUCCCCCGAGCGUCGGCAGAGGGCGACGGGCGCGCAGGGGGCAGCGUGCCGGCCGGGCUGCAGCCGGCAGCUUCGCGUGCGCUUCGCCGACGCCCUGGGCCUGGAGCUGGCGCAGGUGAAGGUGUUCAACGCGGGCGACGACCCCUCGGUGCCGCUGCACGUGCUGUCGCGACUCGCCAUCAACUCGGACCUGUGCUGCAGCCUCCAGGACGUGGAGUUCGCCCUGCAGUGCCUGGUGCCCGACUUCGCGCCGCCCGUCGAGGCCGCCGACUUCGGCGAGCGCCUGGGGAGGCAGCUGGUGUGUCUGGAGCGCGUCACCUGCUCGGAUCUGGGCGUCAGCGGUGUGGUGCGCGUGCGCAACGUGGCCUUCGAGAAGCAGGUGGCGGUGCGCUACACCUUCUCCGAGUGGCGCAGCGCGCACGAGGUCCAGGCGCGCUGGCGCGGGGCUGCGGGCGCCGAGGGCAGCGAGGACGUCUUUGCCUUCGGUUUCCCCGUGCCGCCCUUCCUUCUGGAACUCGGCGCGCAGGUGCACUUCGCCCUGCGCUACCGAGUGGCCGGCGCUGAGUACUGGGACAACAACGAUGGCCGUGAUUACAGCCUCACGUAUCGCAAUCACGCGCUGCACAUGCCCCGCGGGGAGUGCGAAGAGAGCUGGAUCCACUUCAUCUGAGCGGCGGACGGGGCAGCCGCCCUGCAGCCGUUUCCCAGCUCCGGGCUGUGGUUCCCGACACCUUCCCGGAGUGUCUGACCUCCUUCCUGCUGGGGGACCUGGCAGGGUCCUGUCCUGACUGCUGUGUGAAGUGUCUCGCUCACCUGGUCCAGAAAGGGCCCUCAGGUGGCCGGAAGGCCGAGUAGGUUGCGUCCCGGUGCCGGAGUGAGGGAGGUGGUGGGAAUGUUGGCCUUUCUGGGGAGAACCCAGGCCAGGUUUUGGUUGGUAUUUUUUUUUUUUUUUUUAACACUUGUCUCUUGCUAGGGAAGCCUUGUGCAUGUGACCUGCAUCUGUCCCUGUAAACCUGGCUGUUGCUUGUUAUUGUGCAUUGCAGGGGUUGCCUUCUCAGGAAUAUUCUGAAUUUAGUAAGCGUUUGAGAAGUCCUGUUGCCCCGUGUUCAUGCCCGUUGUAAACAGAAUGCCCUGGAACAGGGAAAACCCGAGACUACGUUUGCUUGCCAAUGUCUGUAGGCUUCUAACAGUGGAAACUAUUAAUAGGCAAGAAAUUUAUUCCCAUCAGUCAUCACAUAGCCAUUUCUGGGCUUUGAAGCUGCCCUGGCUGGGCUGUGUGCCUCCUACAUCAACAACUGGGAAGGAGGAAAAACCAGAUUUUUCAGCUAGCCCAACCUUUUUGCACAGUUAGUCCUCGCACGUAAUGUGUUUCUCUCGCACACGUGUUUGAGAAGUGUGUCUGCACAUUACCAGGCCAUUCUGUUUAGGUUUUCAACUACCUAAAUAGUUUAAGCACCUUGCCUUAAAUUAUUUAACUUUUCAGGUGGCGCUAGGGUUUCGGGUAACAGUUCCCUUUGCGGUUACCUUUUUGAUGAUUAAGGUGACUUUAUUUUUUAAACAGAUGAUUCCAGCGUUCGUCUUUCAGAAAUCCAGUUAACCAAGUAGAACUAGAAGGUAUUUUCAGCAUUAGUCAAAAGUACUGGAGGGGGAAAAAAAGCCCCACAAAUUUUAUACUUCUAGAUUGUUUUAAAGUAUAUUUCUAUAUGUCAGGUUUUAUCAGCUACCUGCCAAUUUUAUUCUUUGUGCCUUCAGAUAGGAGAAUUUCUAGCAUUUUCUGGACUUGUUUCCCAGUUUUAAAAUGUUAAUUUUUUAAACCUCCCAUCAAGGAGUCGAAGCUGCUGUCCCCAGCAGUUCAUCACUGUAACUUAAAAAUCGCCACUUCGGCCUCUGACAGCAGGUGCUAAGACCUGAGGUAUUAACAACCAGCCCAGGUGCACAAGACCUCCACGAUGUGAUGAAUGUUUAUGAUAGCACUGAAGCCAGUGUGAUGGAUUUUGUGCUACCCGUCGUCAGUGAGUUGGUUUCUGAGUGCUUGUUGCUGUUCGUGCAUUAAGUAUCAAGAGAUGCCUUUUGCCUUUUAACCAGUGUUUUUGAUCAUUGUGACCUUUGUGUUUUACACAUUAGGAUGGGAAUGGCUUUCUGUGAUACCUUUUAAUGUAUAAACACUGAAUUUUCAUCUAAAAUACUGUGCCUGAAUUGCUCAGCCUCGAGCCCUUGCACUGUAUACUACAUUGACAUGCAAGAGAGAGGGAAACCUGGUUACAUUUCCUGCUGCUCACAGACCGUCCAAUUAGGUCAGCAAGCCUGUGUCGGCAGCUCUGCCUUGUCCCCAGCCCAGUGUGUAAGACAAUUGUCCAGACUCUUCAGGUGCAUAUUUGUGCUGCCAGAUGUAUUGUUAUUUAUGGUAUGGAGCGGAUCCCAUCAUCUAUGUGAAAAGUCUCUUGCCAAAAAGGUUCUGGCCCUAGAAUAUAAAUGCUGUAUCUUCAAAAUUAAGCGAACCUCAAGGUGCCUUUGGAAAAACACCAACACUUUGAAAUUUUAAAGUUUAAAUAGACUUGCUUGGUUGGUAAAGAAACCCUAAGACAGCGCAAAGAGAACUUUCAGUCCCUGAAAGUUAUCUAGUUACAUUGCUUGAAUGUUUAAAAUUUUAUAGUGGAGUGCAAUAGCUGGGUUAUCUCAAAUAUAUUUAAUGUCUGCCGUUUAAAAUAAUUUUACUGAAGCCUAAGUAUUAAAAUGUGUGGGCACAAA